CAUAAAAACCACAGCUAAUUUCCUUCCUAAUCUGUCAGAUAGACAGCCUCUCCCUCGUCCCUCCUCUACUACAUAAACCCACCGGCAGGCAGAAGCUGCCUAUAAACUCCACACCCAUCAUCCCCUCCUACAACCAACCCUGCAAAGAUGGUUAAAAACGCGACUCCUCUCGUCUGCCUCUCGGUCUUGAUUAUGGACGUCGUGGCCGGAAUCCUUGGGAUUCAAGCUGAGAUUGCUCAAAACAAGGUGCACCAUUUGAAGGUGUGGAUCUUUGAGUGCAGAGACCCAAUACCAGCCUUCAAAUUAGGGUUGGCAGCUGCUGUGAUACUAGCAGUUGCACAUGUAAUAGGCAACUUGCUUGGUGGCUGCAUUUGCAUCUCGUCCAAGGAAGACUACCAAAAAGCCACAGCAAAUAAACAAUUAGCAGUUGCUUCCCUCAUCUUAUCAUGGAUUACAUUGGCGGUGGCAUUUUCACUGCUGAUUGCGGGGACAAUGUCAAACAGAAAGUCGAGAAAAUCGUGCGGGUUGUCACACCGUCGGGUUCUGUCCAUCGGAGGGAUCUUAUGCUUCUUCCAUGGAUUGUUCAUCAUUGCAUAUUACGUCUCUGCCAAAGCCACGUUCAAAGAAGGGAAACUCAAACCCACCACACCCGGCAACCCAGCUUGACCUCCUCCAGCUUAAUCACUUAAUUACCAUUUGAUUAAUUUUGUGUUUACUGUUUGUAAACUCAAGUUUAAAUUAUAAUGAAGAACAGAUUGGAGUUGAAA